UUUUUUUUUUAUUAUUUUUAUUUUUUUCCAAUAUUUAUUAUUGUAUUUUAAAGUAGAAACAUGUCCUUAAAAAAGGGAAGAAUUAGACCUGUUAAACGUAUGCCAGGUAUUGACCAUGCUCAGGAAUAUGAAGAAGGAUUUGAAAUUCUUAGUAAUGCUAUUACGGUUAUAUUUAAAAAGCAGGCAAGAGAGUUGUCAUAUGAAUUAUUGUAUCGAACAGCAUAUAAAUUGACUAUUCGACAAUUUGGUGAGCGCCUUUACCAUGAUGUUGAAAAGGUCAUUGCUGAUUACCUGGAAACGAUAGCCGAACAAGUGAUUGUACCUGCUUUCGUCAACUCAUCUAAUGAAACAAGUACUGCGGAUGCAGGUGCCUCUUUUUUAAAAACAGUUAAAAAGGUUUGGGAUGAUUAUACAACAGCCAUUGAUCUUAUUUUACAGGUCUUAUAUUACUUGAAUGAAAGACUGCCAAAAUACAAUCUACCAAGUGUAUAUGAUAUGGGUUUAAAUUUAUUUCGUGAUAAAGUAGUUAGAUCUCAAAAAUAUCCAAUUCAAAAACACUUGAUUUCAGCCAUGUUGACUCAAAUUCAAUUAGAACGUAAUGGUGAUGUUAUUGAUCGAAGUGCACUUCAAUCUGCCGUAGCCAUGUUGGCUGAAUUAACUGAUCCAGAGACGAACAAUACAGUUUACGUAGUCGAUUUUGAAGUAGAUUAUUUAGAAACCAGCACUUCAUUUUAUCAAAUUGAGAGUCAAAAAUUGGUUUCAUCUUAUGAUGCUCCUGAAUUUAUGCGAAAGGUGGAAAAAAGGUUAGAAGAGGAAUACGAAAGAACAGUUCACUGUCUAUCAAUGGGAACAGAAACAAAAAUUCGAACAAUUGUAGAAACUCAAUUGAUUGCAAAUAAUUUGAAGACCUUGAUGGAGAUGCAAAAUUCAGGACUUGAAAGUAUGUUAACAGCAGAUAAAUAUGGAGAUUUAUCACGUAUGUAUGGCUUAUUUUCACGCGUUCCAGCUGGUCUGAACGAAAUGAGAGGAUUUAUAAGUGACUAUAUUUUAACUAUGGGUGGCGAAAUUAAUCAACAAACGAUGACAGAUCUAAAAUCGAAAACAACCGAGAAAAGCUCGGGCAGUAUUGCUAUCAAUUGGGUUUUAGAUGUAUUAAGGCUUCAAGAUAAGUUUGAUAAGAUUUUAGAUCAAGCUGCAAAUAAGGAUAAAACAUUUCAAACAGUAUUUAAUGAAGCAUUUGAGAAAUUUAUUAAUGAAAAUCAAAAAUCAGCUGAAUUUAUAUCAUUAUUUAUUGACGAAAAUUUGAAAAAGGGACUUAAGGGAAAAUCAGAAGAUGAAAUUGAUGAUGUACUUGAUAAAACAAUUACAUUAUUUCGAUUCUUACAAGAUAAAGAUAUAUUUGAAAGAUAUUACAAGCAACAUUUGGCUAAACGUUUAUUGUUUAACCGAAGUGUAUCUGAUGAUGCUGAAAGGAAUAUGCUUUUGAAAUUAAAGAGAGAAUGCGGCUAUCAAUUUACAACUAAAUUAGAGGGUAUGUUCAACGAUAUGAAAUUAUCUUUAGAGAUGAAUGCACUAUUUAAGGAUUAUAUUGCCAAGUCAACAAAUGAUGAUGAUAAAUUGACAUUUGAUACCUCUGUUACUGUCUUAACAUCUACUUUUUGGCCAAUGAAUAUCUCUGCUUCACCUAAAUGUGUUCUACCCUCUAACAUCAUAAAUGCCUGUAAAGCAUUUGAACGAUUUUACUUUGAUCGUCAUAAUGGUAGAACAUUAUCAUGGCAACCACAAAUGGGAACAAGUGAUAUUCGAGCGUAUUUCAAGAAAAGCAAGCAUUUACUCAAUGUUCCUACUUAUGCGUUAGUCGUUUUACUUUUAUUUAAUACACAUGAUACACUUAGAUGGGAUGAAAUCAAACUACAAACUCAAAUUGCUGAUAAUGAUUUAAAACGAACACUACAAUCAUUAGCUUGUGCAAAAUAUAAAAUAUUGACAAAGAGUUCAAAGGGACGAGAUAUUUUACCAGAUGAUACAUUUACAUUUAAUGAAAAUUUUACAUCCAAUUUAGCACGUAUUCGAAUUCAAGCCUUAUCAUCCAAAGUAGAAAGUGAAGGAGAACGUAAACAUACACAAGAUAAAGUAGAUGAAGAGCGUAAACAUCAAGUUGAAGCAGCUAUUGUACGUAUUAUGAAAGAUAGAAAGACGAUGGAACAUAAUCUCUUGAUUGCAGAAGUAACAAAGCAGUUAAGUUCGAGGUUUAUGCCUAGUCCAGUUAUGAUUAAAAAACGUAUUGAAGCUUUAAUUGAUCGUGAAUAUUUGGAAAGAAGUACAGAAGAUAGACGUUCAUAUCAUUAUUUAGCAUAAUAAAAUACCAUUUUUUUUUCUUUGUGAUAUAUAAAUACAUUU